AUGGCUCAGCACGCCUUUAGCCACUUCGGUGGUGGCCAGAACAAUGGAGGGAGUGUUGACCCAAAUGACUUGUCCUCCGGGGCUUACGGCGCUUCAUAUUCGAAUAAUUUCAAUGGCAACAACAGCACUUCCGGUGGGUUCUUCAACGACGACGAGCUCCUAGAUACCCUCGCCAGCCCAGUCGAUCGCAUGCCCAACCAGUCAAAUAUACAUAACCAAAGCCCAGAUUUCGGAGGUGGGAAUGACAUGAGCAUGGGCUUCAUGUAUACACCGCAACCUAAUAACCAGGGUUUGCAAAUGGAUCAAUCGCAUAUCAACGGAUACUCCCAUACUCCAGACGGUGACCCUAUACAAAGCCCAUUUGUGCACAGCUUUGGGCAACAAUUCCGGCAAAUUCAACAUCCUCAGUCUUUUGGAAACUCUCUCCAGUCCCCAGUUUCAUAUUCUGGCUCGCCCUUGGCGAAUGGCGACAUGAACCAUGAUGGUGGCGACCCUAACUACCUAAACACCAAAGCUCAUGCUCACAUGGCCCAGGGCAUGCAGCGCAAGGCUUCAAACACUAGGAGUCCACUGACUAACAAGACUGCUGCUGCUAUGUCGGCUCUGACAAUGAAUGGCCGCGAGUCGGGUAGCUUUGGCGCCCAACCCAUCCGGACACCAGGAGGUCACCAUGAGAAGUCUCCAUCAGCACAAUGGAUUCAUACUCCAAAUAGCUUGUCAUCUUUUGGCGGUUCUGGAUUCCCCUCUCCGUUGCAACACGGGAUGCAAAACACUCAAAUUUCUGACGUCUUGCUAAAAGGGGGCACAUCCAUGCCUGCUAAACUGAAUAAUCCUAGUGCUGUCUCGUCGCAAGAAAUGAAGAGAAAGAGGCGCCGCGAAUCUCACAAUCUUGUUGAGCGUAGACGCCGAGACAAUAUCAACGAAAGGAUACAAGACCUUAGCAAGUUAGUCCCCACUCACAGACUUGACGACGAAAAGGUCCGUAAGAUGAUCCAAAGUGGGACACCAAUAUCACCAAACCUGGCGGGAAUCAGUAACCCAGGACAGGCGACGUCGGGAUUAGCAGGCCCUGGUGCUAAGCGAGCCACGGGCGCUGGCAAUAUCACAACGGGUCUGCCACUUGAGGAUAAAGACAAAGGUCCCAACAAGGGAGACAUACUCAACGGCUCCGUAAGUUGGACAAGAGACCUGAUGUGGAUGCUACACCUCAAGCUUCAACAGCAAGAGGAACUUAUCAACACCAUCGUGGAAUUAGGUGGUAGAGUCCCAUUCUCAAUUUCAGACGAUGAGAAGCGGAUGCAAACUGAACUGAAUGAGGCGUGGGACAAGAACGAGCCUCACACCUUUUCCUACAGUCGGUAUGCAGGCUCUGGUCUCCGGGUACCUAACCACACUGACUACAAGGGAGAUGCUCUCGAUGGGACUGAACCCACAGGGGUUUCAGUGAGCCCUGAGGACUUGGCACAUGAUAUGGACGAUAACGUCUUUUGGGAACAAGAUGAGGAUGGUAGUGGUCCAGUCACAUCAAAUUUCAAGGAAGAAGAUGAGUACAUGGACUUCGACACAUGA